AUGAUUGUACUCGACUCUACAGAUGGGCAGAAGGUCCGUUAUGCCGCUUUUAAGAUGACUGGAGAUAUAAAACGCUGGUGGCUUUCUGUGAAGCUACUAGAGGAGCAGAGGCUGGUAAAGAUAGCACUAACCUGGGAGCGAUUUAAAGAGCUUUUCUUUGAUAGGUAUUUCCGAUUUUCUAUCAAAGAGGAAAAGAUUGAAGAGUUUACUAACCUGACCCAAGGGAAUAUGACCGUUGGGGAGUAUGCAGCAAAAUCUAUGGAGCUAUCUCGCUUUGCACCAUUUCUAAUCCCAAACGAGGUAAUGAAGGUCAAGAAAUUUGAAAAAGGCUUGAGACACAGAAUUUAUGAGCUGGUGGUGGGAUUCCAGGUCCAGAAUGUCUUAGACUUGGUUGAUAAGGUUUUGGUGCUGGAAAAGAGCAUCCAGGGCAGUAUAGAGCCUACAGAGCAGAAGAAGAGACCUGCACCAUCUAGUAUUCAAGCUGAGGACCGAGGGAAGCAGCAAGUACCACUAGGAAGAGGUUGUCUAGCACGAGUUUACUCGUUGAUUCAGCCUGAGCCAGAUAAUGCCAGGAAUGCAGAUGAACAGCCGAAAGGAGCUGUAAACUAA